AUGUGCUGCUUACUAGAACAUAUUUUCAAAAUUUUGGUCAUCGUCACCGGAAUAGUUCUGAAUUUACUUAUUUCAAAUGUGGAACAUUGCUAUGUGGUCUGGACUUUUCAUAGCUAUUGCGGAACUUUAAUGAUCGUAGUCAAGAUUAAGGAUCUCUGUUAUCUACAUUGGUGGCUUUUGAUGACGUUGAUCUAUAUAUUAGCUGGUCUCAUUCUUCAUUUGGUUAUAUUGGACUACCACAGAGUCGACUUUGGUACCACUGAAAAGAUCCAAAACUACUUCGGUCUGGGGUUUAUGUUAAUUAGCUUAGUUACAGUCACUGCCUAUACUAGAUCCAUAAGGCCACCUGAAGAUACGUACGUUAUUGAAACCGAAGGCGAAGGAGAAGACAAUUUAACUGUAAAUGUACACUAA